AGCAGAGGAGGGAGAGAACGAGAGCUGGUACUGUAGGUAGGAUGAAAGCAGAUAGAGAAAGAAAAGAGCAGAGGCCAGCAGCCUUCUGCGUAAAAGUGUCGAUUUGCUCCCCGUGCUGCACCCACAAACCUGCAAGCAUACACACACUCACCAACACCACAAACAACACCCCCCAGUCAACGAUCCAUCCCAUCCACGUCUUCCCUUCUCUUCUUCUUCCCCUACACGAACACACCCCAUCCAUACUAAAAAAAUGGCACGAGACGACAGCGUUUACCUCGCAAAGCUCGCAGAACAGGCAGAGCGAUAUGAUGAAAUGGUGGAGAACAUGAAGGAGGUGGCCAAGUCUGACCAGGAGCUCAGCGUCGAAGAGCGCAACCUCCUCUCUGUUGCGUACAAGAAUGUCAUUGGCGCGCGACGUGCAAGCUGGCGCAUCAUCUCAUCUAUUGAGCAAAAAGAGGAGUCCAAGAACGCCGAGUCUGGCAAUGUCGCAACCAUCAAGUCUUACCGCGUCAAGAUUGAGCAGGAGCUUGCAAAGAUCUGUGAAGACAUCUUGGAAGUCCUGGAUGAGCAUCUCAUUAAGAAGGCCGUCCCAGGCGAGUCCAAGGUGUUUUACUACAAGAUGAAGGGCGACUACCACCGCUACCUCGCUGAGUUUGCAACGGGCGAUAAGCGAAAGGAUGCCGCUACAGCUGCGCACGAAGCCUACAAGGGCGCAACGGAUGUUGCUCAAACGGAUCUCGCAUCAACCCACCCAAUUCGUUUGGGACUCGCGCUCAACUUUAGCGUGUUUUACUACGAGAUCCUCAACUCGCCCGAUCGUGCUUGCCACUUGGCUAAGCAGGCCUUUGACGAUGCCAUUGCUGAGCUCGACUCGCUCUCGGAGGAAUCGUACAGGGAUUCGACGUUGAUCUUGCAGUUGCUGCGUGACAAUUUGACUUUGUGGACAUCUGACAGUAUCGAGGAUAAGGCUACCGAAGGUGGUGCAGCAGCUGCUGCUGCUCCUGCUGCCGCUGACAAGGCACCUGCUGCUGAAGAGGCGGAAGAAGUGGCUGUCAAGGCAGAGUAGAAUCUAGAGGUCCGCCGUUUUUUCUUCAGUCUUCUCUACACACAAGGCUCAUCAUCACCCAUACCCUCUCUCUAUGUUGUGUUUGAUGUCCAGCAGUGCCCUUCUGAUCUAUCUUCUAUAGGUCACGAGGCAUUGCAUGGGCUCCAAUUUGCCUUCUUUUUCUCCUCCUCGUAGUCAAAAGAUAAUUCAAUCACACAGUCGCGCUUGCAAC